UUUGUGUGUCCCAAGCCGCCUUGUUGGGUAGUCUUCCUUAUUUCAACUCUUUCACUUUCCCCUUUCUCUUUCUCUUUAUCCGAUUGUUUAUGCACCCGCGAAACCCUCAUCUCAAACACCCAAAAUGGCUUGACUGCACUCCACGAUUCGCCGCCGUUGGUCGCCGUCGCCUGGCUAAAUUCUACCAUGGAAGACACACAAUCCGUUGCUUCACUCUUACAAUCAACAACCUCCAAAAUCCAACAACUUCAAAAAGCAUUUGCUGAGCUUGAAAGUCAUAGAGCAAUAACCCUAAACCUAAAAUGGAAACAAAUUGAAGACCAUUUUCAUGGGCUUGAAAAAUCCCUAAAAAGACGUUUCACAGAACUCGAAGAUCAAGAAAACGAAUUCAAAAUCAAAACAACUCAAUCCCAAAAACUUCUAGAAACUCGCCAAUCAGCCGUCAUAGCCAAAGAAGAAGCUUCCUUACAAAAACUCCAAGAAAAAAGAGACCUUGCAGUCGCCGCCAUAACCGGCGGCACUCCCAUGGUGGAAGAGAAACCACCACCACCACCACCACCGCCACCGCCACUAGAGUUAACCCUAACAAACCCUCAACUCGCUAAACUAUGCAAAGAGAAUGACGUGGCGGGGCUUCAUAAGUUCAUUUCAGACAACCGGAAAAAUCUUGCCACCAUAAAAGAGGAGAUUCCGGUGGCUUUACAAGUCGCGGAUGAUCCUGGUGGCUUUGUUUUGGAUUCGGUUAGUGGGUUUUACAAUUUGGUUGAUGGGAAAAAAGAUGCGAAUCUUUUAGGGCAACGAAGAACGUGUAUUAUGUUGAUGGAGUGUUUGAGUGUUUUGUUGGAGAAUGUUGAUGGGGUUUAUGUUAAAAGGGUAAUUUCGGAAAAUGUGAAGGAAAGGGCGAAGGGUAUUGCUGAUGAAUGGAAACCGAAAUUGGAUGAUCUUGAUUUGGAUGCAAGUAAUGGGAAUUCAUUGGAAGCUCAUGCUUUUUUGCAACUUGUUGCUACUUUUGGUAUUGAUUCUUGUUUUGUUAAAGAAGAUUUGAUAAAAUUGGUGCCAAUGGUGGCUCGCCGCCACCAAACCGCUGAUCUUUGCCGCUUCCUUGGGUUAUCAGAGAAGAUGCCAGGUGUAAUUGAUGUGUUGGUGAAUAGUGGAAGGCAUAUUGAUGCUGUUAACUUAGCAUUUGCUUUUGAGCUUACAGAGAAAUUCUCUCCAGUUUCAUUAUUGAAAUCAUACUUAACAGAAGCAAGGAGAGUCCCUUCACUCAUCAAAUCCGGAAAUUUAUCUCCUGCACAGAAUGAUGUAAGCGAGCGAGAACUAUCUGCCCUAAAAACCGUAAUCAAAUGCAUCGAAGAACACAAGCUCGAAGACCAGUACCCAGUGGGCCCGCUUCAAAAACGAAUACUCCAACUCGAGAAAGCCAAGGCCGACAAAAAACGCGCUACAGAAGUCGCCAAACCACAACCCAAAAGACCCCGAGCCAACGGGAUAUCUCCAGUAUACGCGCCCCCUCCUCGAAACACAAACACAGACAAAAACUUUUAUCCUAGAAUGUCCGAAAGGUAUGCACCCGCACCCACACCACAGUCACAGUAUGUGUAUGACAACAGACCAUAUGGGUAUGCGGUUCAACCCGAUACCCACAUGGGUGCAUAUAUGGGUACCCCGGCUUACAACAUGGGUCCCAACCAUGCUCACUAUUUUGCAACCGGGUAUCAGUAUCAGGCUGCUUAUAUGCACUAAGGUUGUAGGGAAGGGAGACUUUGAUUUUAACUUGUAGGAGGAGGAAGAGUUAACCUUGUUGAAUUAAUCACAUGUUUUACUUUUACUGUAUUAAUUAAAUUAAGCUUACUAUGUUUAGUUCUAAACUUUCUUGUGUUAGGUGACAGACGCUAUAAGUGUAAUCCUCUAAUAUAUUAUGCACUACUUCUGUUGUUUACUUA